UACUGUCCCAGCCAUAUGCAUCUGUGCUCACUGUGCUUUACCUUGUCCUGGCAGACAGCUCCCACAGCACCCCUGGGAAGUAAAUGGAAACACAGCUUCUGUAUUAAUGAGGCUCCUGCUAACAGAGGACAGUGAUUUAAGUACUUUGGUUUGGGUAAGGAAGAUUAAAUUUUAUUUUCUUUGGAACAAAAGCAAAACUUUUUGGAGGGGUUCACCCAGAAGGCAUUUUCUGCGAAUGGGUGUGAAGAAGCUUACCUGACUGCUUGGUAGAGCAAUUGCCAACGGUGCUGGAGUUUCUACUGCUCUGAUUCAGGGAAGUUUUCAUUUCUUGUUGUUUUGACAGAAAAGAGAACCACAUCUGAAAGUUGUGUGUGUGUCCUUCCUGCUCAAGGCUGCAUCAAAAAAUAGGUGUCACUGAGAUACAUUAGCUUUAAUAACAUAUUUUGCUGAAAAUUUCUCAUCAAAAACACUUCAGUGAGCUCAAAUGCUGGCAGAUUACUUGGGUUUGCCAGCUCUUUCCCCCUCUUUCCAAUGUCCUUAUCUCUGUCUCUUGGUUCACCUCAAAGCUCAGAGUUUCCCAGGCCUCCCAAGUGCACUUUGUGAGGUCAAUCAGAUGGCUGCAAACCAUCCCUUGAGCAAGUGCUGGAGUGCAGCAUUCUGAUCAACAGGCUUUCUCAGGAGCCUGAAAUGCAUCUGGCCAUGGUGAGCUCAUUUGUGUGUUUUAUUUCAUUCUUUCGCAUUCAGGCCCAAUCCUGCAGAUCAUUCCAUGCCACCAGGUUUUAAGUUCCUGGAGAGCUGAUCUAUCAGGUGGAGCCAUUAGUGCAGAAAUAGAAAUAGCACUGCUUGUCUCUUUGUCUCUCUUUUUUUUUUUUUUAGUUUGGUGUUGUUUUUAGAGGCUACAUGAUGGUAACGAAGAUAAGAAUUGAAGCUUUUCUAUGUUACAGUAUCAAAACUGCAUAUCAUAUAGUCCGUAAGAAAAGUACACAAACGUUUAGUGUGUUUCUGAAUAUUUUUCCAAACUCAGUUAUUCUAACUAAGUGGAGAACAUGUAAUUGUGAGAAUGUGUCAAAACUAUAAACUGUCAACACAACUGUUUGACAUUUUUUAAAUCUUAGGUCUCUGUUAGGCUUAGUUCACUGCAGUCAGGACUGACUGGUUUUCCAGGUGAAUAUCUAGGGCUGGGACAUCGCAUACUGCCACUAUUAGAUAUCUAGGCUCUGGUUUCAAAAAGAGGUGUGUGUAUGUUUGUAUACAUACGUAUUUACAUACAUCCCCACUCUCCCUAACUCCCCCUCCCCUCAUAAGCUCCAUAUGGCAUCCCCAGAUAAUGUCUCUGCUGGCACGUACCGCGGUUGCACCAGACAAGUGACCUACACCCAUCACACCCUCCCUCUGUUUACGUUACAGCUUAUAUUUCUGUUGUGCAACUUGGCAGGGGGAAGGCAACACCUGGGAAAGGUUUUACCUGAGUCAUUUAAUUAUUUCAAGCAUUCAGCGUGAGCCAUCAGCAAUGGCAGACAAACCACUCUGCAGGCAAGUGAAGGCUGGAAGUUGCCUGCAUCACCAGAGCCUGGUGUCAGCAAAGUCCAGGAGGACAAAUUGAGAGGGCAGAGGUCAGCAGAGCAAGGAGAUCCACUGCCCUUCAUAGGCUGAGUUGCACUCUGAAGAGAAACACAAGAUGGUGGACUAGUAGGAUUUAUUGACUCUCCUAGCAAUUUUUGGAAAGCUGAAACUGCUUCAGGGAGAAGGAGCUCCAGGUGCUCCUGAGGGACUGUGCUGGCAGAACUAGGCACAACCCAAAUUCCUCCUUGUUUCUGGCACAUAAGAAAUGAGAAGGCAGAAGGACCAAUAUAUACACUGAAAUGAACUGUCAGUAGAUGAGCCACUAGGCACAGUUAACUUUGGCCUCUACCUAUGAGCGUCCACCAGACUUCAGAGAUGCCGACUCAUGAAAGACUGAAAAGGUGUUUAGAAGGUGUUCUGCUAAUAAAGUUGGGUACAUCUUCUUUUAUUAAUCAUCCAUAUCUUUGUUAUUAAUGCCAUAUGAAGCUCCUAGCAAAAGCAAUUAGCAUUGCAAUCAAACUAAAAAAAAACCCCACAUCUCCUGCCAUUCAGUUGCAACAUUUUUAAAGAGCAAAUGAUGAAGUGGUAUAAUUAUUUCCAAGGUAUUGUUUUGUGACGUGACAGGGCACACUAAAAAGCAGCUGAUGGUAAUGUGUCUCUCUAAGGCCAUUCCUACAACACUUCUCUUGUUUCUCUGCUAAAAAAACAUUAAACUGGACUAACUGCAGAGUCCAUCAAGGCAGAUCUAACUAAUGAAUUAUGUCAUUCUCACCUCUGGAUUGGGACAGACAGACCUUGACUGUUGAACUUGUAAAAUUCACAGCCUCUUUUGGGCCAGUAUAAGGAUUCUGCUGCCCCAGGAGCCCCUGCUGGUGCCAGUGCCAUGUCCCCAGGAGCCACCAGCUCUCAGUGCUGUUCCACAGAGCCACUAGCUCUCCCAGCGUGCUGCAGCCAGGAAGGUUCAUCAAUAGAUCCAGAUUUUCUGCAUGGCAGGACAGAUCACUGAGGGUGCAGCCCUAAUCUGGCAGGGUGGGCUAUUUUUUGAUGACUCAAACUUUUGAGAUGUGAGAAGAGGCCAAGGCUGAGCAACCCUAGAAAAUUUCACAUGGUAUCUAACGGGUAAAAAGAAAAGGAUUGUUUGUCAUGGCUCUCGUUUCUUCUUCUCAAUUAGCACAGCAGCGAGGCUAAUUUGGCAACGGAAGUUCAUUCAAGGACAGCAGCUAAUUGCUGCACAUUGUCCUUUCUUUUCCUCAGAGCACGGUAGACAUAGUGUUCCAGAUAAAAACCAGGGCACCAUAAGUCUUGCAAUAUUUUUUUAUUACCACAGGGUGGUGGUGAAGACCUUAGUGAAAACUUUUCACUGCUCAGCUGCGCUGAGGGUGGAUUAUUUGAUAUGCAGACCGUACAUGUCGUAUCUUUGCAGUGUGGGAACCCCCUCAGACAGAGUCACUUGCACCAACAGGGUGAAUUAAGGCCACUUCCUAUAAAACAUUAACUCCUGUCACUAUUGGUUUUAUCCUUCACUGUUCAUGAUCAGCAUUAAAGGAGUUGAUGAUACGCUCCGUUGCUUUACUUCCCCUAGUACUCAAACAGCAGCAGUUUCAGUAGUUUCAAGACACAGUUAAGUAUCAAGUUAUGGCUUCUUCAAAUCUAGGUACCAAUAAUAAAUUUAGCAGCGCAAUAGCUCUGACCAGUGCUUGAAUGGCUAGAUGGGGAGCCUGCUAAUUACACAUGAGAAGCUCUCUUUGUCAUUCAAUUUGUUUACUUUAAUUUAAGCUUGUUACUUCUUUUCCAUAAUCACCUAAUAUAUGUAGUGCCAUAUUCACAACAUUAUUUUUAAUUUCUAUAGUCUUUUUGUCCCUAUUUCCAUUGCAAAUUGCUUGAUACAGAGGUUAACUUUAUUACAUGUUUUUGCAGCACAAUAAUGGUGUAAGAUGUGCCUUCUGUCCUACAAACCAACCAAGCUGUCAAAGGCUAAUAUUUGUGUAAUACAUUUUUAUAAUGAAAUGUAAUACAUUUUUAUAAUGAAAUCAAAGCCUUAUUAAUCCAUUUUAACAAUUGUCUUUCAUGUAACAGUGGCAAAAGCCCAAGUACAGAGCACUUCAACCUUAGUAUUGGAAUAAACAGAAAGAUUCCAGUUUAAACCUGUUUUAAUUAUUGAACAGCUCUCAAAUUUAAAUCACUGACCUUUGAGAAUUUAGUGACCAAACAAGUGCUUGUCCUCAAGGCACAUAUUUGGAUCUCGCAUUAAUUUACAUGAAGCAUUUACACUCUGGUUAAAGAUGCCCAAGAACACUGCAAGUACAGAGUGAAUGAGACAAAAUCAUAUAACCUAUCUAAAGAAUGAAAAGCUGGAUUAUACUGCUGGCUAUUGUAGUCAGCACAGCAGAAACACAAACCCAGGAUGUCUGUACCCAAGGGUAUCCUGGCAUGCCUGGUAAUCCUGGGCACAAUGGCAUACCUGGUCGGGAUGGACGUGACGGUUCAAAAGGUGACAAGGGGGAUACAGGCGAAGCAGGACUUCCUGGCAGUCCAGGGAAAGAUGGUGCAAAUGGAGAGAAAGGCGAGAAAGGAGCCAAUGGGACUGUUGAAGAGAAGGGCAACAAAGGAGAUAAAGGAGAAAGAGGACGACCUGGGAAACUGGGACCAAAAGGAGUUAUAGGAUCAGUGGGUUACAAAGGUCAGAAGGGAGAGCUGGGACUGCAAGGACAAAAGGGGUUAAAAGGAGAUAUUGGGCCCAUAGGUCCAAAAGGGACAAAGGGUGAAAUUGGCCAUCCUGGAAGAGUUGGUUUCCCAGGGCCUAUUGGCCCAACUGGCAAUCCAGGUCCUAAAGGUAAUACUGGAGAUCUGGGACCACAAGGUAAUCCAGGAGUUCAGGGGGAAAAAGGCUUGAAAGGUGACAGAGGGGAUAAGGGGAACAUAGGUGCCCCAGGAGUCCUGCCAAGGAGUGCUUUCAGUGUUGGCCUUACAAUCGCCACCAAAUUUCCCCCCCCGAAUCGCCCAAUCAAGUUUGACAAGGUUCUGUAUAAUAGUCUAAAUGACUACAACCCAGCUACUGGCAAAUUCACCUGCAAACACCCUGGUGUUUACUAUUUCACCUACCACAUCACUGUCUACUCAAGGAACGUCAGAGUAGCUCUAGUUAAAAAUGGCAUCAAGAUGCUGCACACGGUGGACAGGUACCAGAGUGGAGAGGACCAGGCCUCGGGAGCAACCAUCCUCGAGCUACAGCGGGGAGAUGAGGUGUGGCUGCAGGCUCACCAAGGAGAGACUUUCAAUGGGCUGUUUGCAGAUGCUGAUGAUGACACCACCUUCACUGGGUUUCUCCUGUUCAGCACCUCUGACCUGCUGGAGCCGCUGCCAUCACCCACCGCAUAACUCCACGUUAUCCAUGGAUGCUGUACAUCUGUGUCCCUCGGCACUCCCUAAUAAAGCUGUAAUCUGCUGGCCAGUUUCUACAGGAUUCAACGGAGAACAGAAACUACCCAGGGAGGCUUGCUGAGGGCUGAAAGGGAGAUGCAGGACUGUAGGGCAGGUUAGGACCAGCUAGAUAUUUCCCUAAAAGUUGAGUAAAAUUUUUUUCUGACGGCUGUAGUCAUCACAGUGGGAAGGUGUAGGAUCACACUGCCUGUACAUGUAGGAAACCAGGUCUCAUUAUGCACACAACUGCUCAUUUGCACAACUUACUGUGAUGAAGCUUUCAUGACCAGCUGCUAAAACACAGCUCAGGGCUUCAGAGACAUAGUCACAAGAGUUGAAUUAAACCACCUUCUUGUCCCAGCCACAAGAUACCAAGGGUUUAUCCAUUAAACUGUCCUAAUGUACUGUU